UAAAAUGAUACACGUUGUUUCGUUUAGAUAUAGCUCUUCGUUAUGUUAUUUAGCCUACUACACAUUAUGUUGAGGCAAAGAACAAGUUGCCUUACUAUUUCAAAAAUAUUUACUCUCUCUCUCGCUCUUUGUGGUCGCCAGACGCUCUUGCGCGCAAGGCUGAGAAAAUCUGCAAUUGAUUUUAAUGGGGAGUAGUCUACUUUUCGCCUGCUUUUCAGCACUAUGGGUGCUUUGGUCUCUUUUCACUUGGUCUGAACGGCGCAGGCGAGUGCAGUGUCUCACCUCUGUACUGUGUACUUGCUCAUUAUAUCUGUCGCUAUUUGGACAACACUGAACGUGCCUCUGUUUCUUAACGGCUUUCUAUAAUGUAGCCCACCUCCGCAAAACGCUCGAGAUUGAGCAGACGGGACUCGUCAGUUGUGUUUGGGAAGUUUAUAUUUUCUUCCAACAGAUGCGCAUUUAUUUUUUUAUUGCUUUGGACCUCAAUCAUUGGACCGUGUUAUCGUUUUAAGGUUCGCCAAUACACCGGGCUUUGGACAGACUGCGGUGGUCACGGUCACCCUAAAGGAAGGGUCUGUGAGCUGGGAUUCUCUCCUUCCACUCCCCCUCACAAACACACACUCCCUCGCAUAGACACUCUGCAGGAUGAGGGAAGCCUGGAGGUGCUUGCUGGGACUGUGCCUCCUGGCAUGCUCAGCCUCCCCCGCCUCCCCCCACGGUGCCGCCAACCCCUUUGCUGGGCAACAGAUACCCCCAGACCCCUGCUACGAUGACGCAGGCGUCGCCCGCCGCUGCAUCCCUGAGUUCAUCAACGCCGCCUUUGGCAAGGAGGUGGCCGUGUCCAGCGUGUGCGGCUGGCCGACGUCGUCGCGCUCUUGUAGCAUGGUGGAGCGCAUUGAGGAGCGGCCUUCAGUGCGCACCUGCCAGAUCUGCGACGCAGCGGACCCAUGGCGUGCCCACCCGCCCUCCUACCUCACCGACCUCAACUCGGCCCACAACCUCACCUGCUGGCAGUCGGAGAAUCUGCACACCUCGCCAAACAACGUCAACCUCACCCUGUCGCUGGGAAAGAAGUUUGAGAUCACCUAUGUCAGCUUGCAGUUCUGCUCGCCCCGCCCAGAGUCACUGGCAAUCUACAAGAGCAUGGACUACGGCAAAAGCUGGACGCCUUACCAGUACUAUUCGUCCCAGUGCCGGCGCAUGUACAACCGGCCCAACAAGGCGACCAUCACAAAGCAGAAUGAGCAGGAGGCCCUUUGUACCGACGGCCACACUGACCUCUACCCCCUUUCCGGAGGGCUCAUUGCCUUCAGCACUCUGGACGGGCGGCCCUCCGGGAAAGACUUUGACAACAGCCCUGUGCUCCAGGACUGGGUAUCAGUCACCGACAUCCGUGUGGUCUUCAGCCGGCCCCAGCUGCCCCGCGAAAUAGGGGCAGGAGAAGGGGGGGGGAUGGGCAGGGGAGGCCAGCCGGACGAGGACCCAAUGGUACCAUCCACGUCUCUGCCGGCGUACUUCUACGCGGUGGGGGACUUCCAAGUGGGCGGGAGGUGUAAGUGCAAUGGGCACGCCUCACGCUGCCUCAAGGACAAAGAGGGCAAGCUGGUGUGUGACUGCAAGCACAACACGGAGGGGCCCGAGUGCGACCACUGCAAGCCCUUCCACUACGACCGGCCGUGGCAGAGGGCCAGCGCCCGUGAGGCCAACGAGUGUUUACCGUGUAACUGCAACCUGCACGCCCGGCGCUGCCGCUUCAACAUGGAGCUGUACAAGCUGUCAGGGAGAAAGAGUGGAGGCGUCUGCAUGAACUGUCGCCACAACAUGGCUGGACGCCACUGCCACUACUGCAAGGAAGGCUUCUACCGGGACAUGGCCAAGCCCAUCACACACCGCCGCGCCUGCAAAGCCUGUGACUGCCACCCGGUGGGUGCGGCAGGGAAGACAUGUAACCAGACGACGGGCCAGUGCCCCUGUAAGGACGGCGUGACGGGCAUCACCUGUAACCGCUGUGCCAAGGGCUACCAGCAGAGCCGCUCGCCCGUGGCCCCCUGCAUCAAGAUCCCAGUGGUGAACCCUACAGCCAUGGUCAGCAGCAGCACAGAGGAACCGCCAGCAGAUUGUGAGUCAUAUUGCAAACCAGUGAAAGGGAAUCUGAAGAUCAACAUGAAGAAAUACUGCAAGAAAGACUAUGCGGUGCAAGUCAACGUGCUGGACAUGGAGACGGUGGGCGACUGGGCCAAGUUCUCUGUCAACGUGGUGUCUGUCUACAAGAGCCGUGGCGAGCCACUCAAACGGGGCGACAACGUCCUGUGGAUCCACAUGAAGGACCUGGCUUGCAAGUGUCCAAAAAUCCAGAUGAGCAAGCGCUUCCUGGUUAUGGGCACUAGCCAGACCAGGCCCGGGGGUUCUGGGCCUGGGGGACCCAGAGCUGGACCAGGGGCCGUAGGGGUCACUGCGGGAGCAGAGCGAAUAGGGCUCCUGGCCGAUAAGAACAGCCUGGUCAUCCAAUGGAGAGACAUUUGGACACGGCGCCUCCGGAAGUUCCAGCGCAAAGAGAAGAACGGCAAGUGCAGCAAAGCAUGAUGGGAGAGAGAGCAGCACAUCCCAUCCAACACCACCCCCCACCCAUACUCCUACCCCCCCAUGACCCCUUCCUAGCUCUCAGCUAGUUCACAAACACGACCCCACCCCCGACCCCCUAAAAACCCUGAACCGGGGGUUUGCACAUUACAGAGACUGCAUGCAUUUUGCCUGUUUAAGGACCACUUUGUGUAUAUUGUAUAACUAUUUAAUUUUUAUUUUCUGUUUUAAUCAUGGGACUCUUUUAUCUAUUGGUCUGCCUUAAAAAGGGACCAUUAAAAAGGGUACGAAAUGACAACGACAGCAAAAAUGUCCACUCUCGCCCCCACUCACAACCCCCCCCUUCAGACUGCUUUAGUCUCCCCUCCGGCCACCAUGUUUAAGUGUUUUGAAACUAUCAAAGCUCACAUUUCUGUUUUUUUUACCAGGAGUAUUUAUGAAGCUCAGAUAAUCAGAGAGAGAGAGAGACUGAUUUUUUUGUGUUGUCGCAAAGUCCCCCAUGCAGGCUGCAACUAAUGAAAAGAAAAACAGCACAACCUCAGCUCGUUUGCCAACUCCACCACUGUUUCACUGUCUCUAAACCCCCACCUUGUUCUACGCAACUGAGAUUACUGGCCUAGAGAGGCCAUUUUGUCUUGUACUCUUAUUCCAUAUGUAAGAUAUGUAGACAUCAACUCUCUGCAGUAGCAUCUCUGGACCAUAACCCGCAACGGCUGCAUCCUCGUCCACAGAGGAUCGUCACCACAACAGGGGCCUUCUCCACCUCCAAACCUCAUUUUUACCACCACUGCCAUUGCAGUAUAUAUAUAACUUCAGACAGAGGCACCUGCUAGACUCUAGUCUACAUGCUACAGCUGUUGACAAUGACCCCACCGCUCACUCACUGGUUCUACAGAUCCAGUCAUAGGCAGACAGUGACACUGCUUAGAGACUGACUAACUCUAAACCUAUACUUCUACCGACCCACUGUCUCACUAUCUAAGUGAAGUCUCAGAACCCAUGCCCCCCCCCCCGCCAGCCCUUGCACCAUGAGCAGGAAAUUGAACCAUGCAUCGUUAUCUGACUCAAAUAUAUAUAUAUAUAUAUUAUCUUUUUAGAGAGAGAGAGAGAGACUCCAGCAGGGUGGAAGGUAGCCAGCUUCAGAACAGAACAAUACCCAAAACUUCAGGAGGAUAUUGUGCAUAAUGUCUUCCAGUAUUUGUUGAUAAAAAGGUCCUGCACAUGUCAUUGUGUGACCAAUAUUGUU